AUGGCUGCUUUAUCUCUUGUUGAUGCCAAAACUAAUGCAGAGGAAUAUAAGAUCGUCCACUUUUUGUAUAAGCACAACCGCAGCAUUAGAAAAAUAUCAACUGGUAACAUUUAUAAGCAAACGCUACUUUCUCGAUUAAACUUCACAAAAGAUUAUAAAAUUAUAACAGUGAAGAAAAAACUUCAUAUAUACGACAACCAUUGCAAAGAUAUUUAUUUGAUCUUAGAAGACGACAUUAAAAGUUAUCGAAGCAAAUAUCAGUUUUUACAUAUUGGGUUGGUACAGAUCUCAAUCGAAAUGAACAGUGACAACUAUGUACCCCAUAUGCCAGUUAGAUUAAGAGACUCAAAGUACUCGAAUGUUGAAGACUCUAUUUUAGUUAGUUUUGCAACAUCAGUGGAUAAUCGUGUAGUUAAGUUUAAUUGGUUCCCAAACUUUUCAACUUGUUUAUCUGAUCUAGAAAAUUCAAAUGCCUUAGUGGUCACUAUAGAUCCUCCAAAGACCAUCGAAAGAGUGAUGAAUGAAAAAUAUCCGUUAGGUUAUGAACCGUUGUUAAAAGUUAGGUAUAGGGUAUGCUAUAAAUUAAUGAAGACGUCUCUUAAACCUGAUUACCUAUUUCAAAAUCCUGUAGUUCAGGUAAACACUGAUAUCACAAAUUUUGUUGUUCCUCAAUUCUAA